GAACUUCUUCAUUGAUAUCACAAAUAUAAGUUAUGUUGACAAAAACAGUGCCAGUCUACUCCAAGAUGCAUAUGUUGACUCGGUUAGACAAAAAAUCAGAACACUGGAAUCUCGAAUUGCACAAAGUGAAUUAUUACUACCACAGUUAGAAUGGCGAAGACAAGCUUACAUGGAGGAGACUGUGAAUGGACUAUCUGGGAAGGUUGCAUUUUUGAAUCGUAGAUUUGAUGAACUUUUGCCUCAAUGCAGAAUGAAACAACCAGAAACCAUGGCUUGAAUAAUCAAAAAUAUAUAGGUGCACAUGUCGACCAUAAAGAGAACAAAAUGGAGGAAAGAAAAAAUACAUACAUAUGAAAAAUAUAUAGGAACUAAUUAUUAUUAUGUUUCCAUAAGUAGACAAGUGAUAUUCUAGCAAAAAUGUUCACAUGUGAAUUUUAAAUGUGUCGUCCAUCUUUGUAACC